AAUGUCAUUAAAUUUACUUCGCAUUCAAAGUAUUACUUUACACUUUGAAUGUAAUCCAUGCGACACAUUCGUCUGGUUAGACAAACAGCAUAGAAAUAAGUGGUAUCAUUAAUUAUUGCAAACAUUUAUCAACACAAACACGUAAUCAAUACUAAAAUAAAAAUGACUUCUGCAUUCAGUACAAACGAUACUGAAUGCUUAAGUCGAGACACAGAGCACGUACUGGACGUGGAAAGAUUGGAUGAAAUUUGGACUGAUCAACGUUUGAGUGAAUGUGUUUCGUGGAUUAAUACGCAUCAAUUUGAUAAAGUAUGUCUUCAAUUUCCCGAUGACUUGAUUCCGUUCAGCAUAGCGAUACUGCAAGAGUUAAAGAAGAACACAACAGCUGAAUUGUGCAUCCUGGGAGAUACAUCAUAUGGAAGCUGUUGUGUAGAUGAGAUAGCCGCUUUGCAUGUCAAUGCCAAUGCGAUUAUACAUUUCGGUCAUGCAUGUCUCAGCAAAGUCUCACGAUUGCCGGUACACUAUGUAUUUUCAAAUUUCAAAUUGGAUGUGGACAAAAUACGUCAAGAGAUGAAAAGCCACAUCCCGAAUUCAAAAGAAGAGAUUGUCGUCUUCUAUGCGACAGGGUUCUUCUAUCAUUUAGAUGACAUUAAAUCGGCGCUGAGUUCAUUCACAAAUGUGUCGUACGCACAGUUGGCACUCGAUGGAAAGCCGGAUAAUUUAUGUUGGAAAAUGCCAAAGAAUAAUUUAUCGGAAAUGACAUGCAUUUGGAUCGGAGAUGACAACCAAUCCCUUUUCAAUCUGAGUUUGACUGUAAAUGCAAAGCAGUGGCUGUCCUGUGAUAGACGUAGUUAUCAAAUGAAAGUAGUUAACAGUCCAUUAGCAACAAAUUGGAUGCGUCGCCGGAAUUUCUUCGUGGAAAAAUGCAAGGAUGCACAGGCGAUUGGAAUUGUUGUUGGCACCCUAACCGCGGACGGUUACUUGAAUGCAGUAAACCGAAUUCAAACAUUGGCCCGUGAUCGAGGAAUUCGCACAUAUUUGCUAUCUGUGGGCAAAAUCAAUCCAGCUAAGCUGGCCAAUUUUAUGGAAAUAGACUGCUUUGUGUUUAUUGGCUGUCCAGAGAACAUAAUCUACACAUCACGUGACUUUUACAAGCCGCUGUUGUCGGUGUUUGAGGCCGAGCUUGCAUUGAAUCCGGCUUGGCGCGAACAAUAUCCCAACUUCUAUGCCGUUGAUUUUACCGACAUUUUACCAGACGGUAAACACUUUAGGGUUGCAGAAAAUCAAACGGAAACGAAUGGCGAUGAUGACUAUGAUGUGAGUUUGGUAUCUGGACGCAUUAGACCCAUGAAGAUCACCGACAACGAUGACACCAAUCACAACACUGGCACACAACUCGAAAAGAAACACAAUCAACUCAUGAAUACGAAUUCGAGUAGCGCAUUCAACGAUCGAUCAUGGACUGGCUUAGAUCCAAGCUUGGGUCAACAAGAACCGUCUAAAAUCACAAAAGGUAGAUCCGGCAUUGCAAUUAAAUAUACCGAAAAUGAACAUAAAUAGGCCUAUUCAUUUAUGAACCAUGUAAACUGAUGAUCACUGUUUGAUGAGAAUAAAAACACCUAACUAGUAGAACAUUUCGUAUUUAAAA